AUUGUAAAUAUUUUAAUCGUAUCUGAAAAGAAAACCAGAGUGGGUACUCUACAGUAUGUUAUAACCCCGGUGGUGACGACUGACGGCUAAAAUUGUAAAUGCAGAUUCCAACGCAAAUGCUCUCUCAAGCUCGAUAUCUCUCUGUAAACAAGAACACCACACUCUUUUCUCCCUCUACAAAUCCCCCUUCAACCAAUUUUAAAACCCCAAAAUUAUCUUUCAAGUUGCGCAACCCAGUUUAUAAUUUCACCUCAAAGAUGGCCACUCUUUCAGAUGGAGCUAACACCCUCUUGGAUUUUGAUUAUAAUGAUGCGGAGCUUGAUGGGUUUGCUCUCGUCGGGAAUCAAAUCGCUGAUGCUGCUGGUGAAGUUAUUAGGAAGUAUUUUCGCAAGACUUUCGAUAUUGUUGACAAAGAAGAUUUAAGUCCAGUGACAAUUGCUGAUCAAGAAGCUGAGGCAGCUAUGACUUUAAUAUUGCAACAACAUUUUCCUCAUCAUGCAAUUUUUGGAGAGGAGAAUGGAUGGAGAUGUAAGGAAAAGUUUGCAGACUAUGUUUGGGUAUUAGAUCCAAUAGAUGGCACGAAGAGCUUCAUUACCGGAAAACCUUUGUUCGGAACACUCAUAGCUCUGCUACAUAGAGGAAAACCGAUAUUUGGAAUAAUUGAUCAGCCUAUACUAAGGGAAAGAUGGAUAGGUAUUACUGGAAGAACAACAACGUUGAAUGGACAAGAAGUCUCUACACGCAAGUGUGCAAAGCUUUCACAAGCCUAUCUGUACACGACCAGUCCUCAUCUUUUCAGUGGUGAUGCUGAAGUGGCUUUUGGUCAAGUUAGAAGUAAGGUAAAAGUGCCACUAUAUGGCUGUGACUGUUAUGCCUACGCCCUUUUGGCCUCUGGAUUUGUGGAUCUUGUGAUUGAAUCUGGCCUUAAGCCAUAUGAUUUUCUUUCACUUAUACCGGUGAUAGAAGGCGCUGGCGGAGUUAUAACUGAUUGGACUGGAUGCCAUCUGAAUUGGGAAGCUUCUUCAGAUUCACAUGCACCAAGUUUUAAUGUGGUAGCAGCUGGGGACAAAGAACUUCACCAGCAAGCAUUGGAUUCACUUAAAUUGUAUUAGUUGCAUUGAACCUGCGUCACAUGUCACAGGAUGCCUUGGUCGAACUCGUGCCCGCCAAUCUUUACACAUGCCCUACAAGCUACAUGUUCAUAUUUGGGUCUUGUAUCUGGAAUCUGUUGACUGUCAUGUCAUAUCAGCGGUAGAGAAGAUAAGAGAAGGCCAAACUAUUCAGGCGAGUUGCUUCCUCACAAUAUACCACAGCCAUUGUAGGGGAGCAACUAUAUUUAAAAUGUAUAAACUUUGUUGGGCAGCAUAUAACAACCUUGAGAAGGUCCAUCUUUUUAAUUAUUCAGUCAACUUCUGAACUC